AUGGGGAUGUUUGGCUUUUGGGUUCAUGACCUACACAAGACCAGUCAGCUCGACAUUAGGUUGUCCAACACAGAUAGAAACUUGGGCAACAUUUUGCGAGCCCCCGAAGGCCAUCUACUUCCCAUCGACCACGGCUACUGCCUGCCUAAUAAAUAUGGUGAUGUGACAAUUGAGUGGCUAUAUUGGGAUCAAGCUAAGCUGCCGUAUGGCUCGGACGUUAUUGAAUACGUCAACACUUUAGAUGCUGAGAUUGAUAUACAACUAUUGAAGCGUUAUGGGUGGAAUAUACCGCAUGGUUGUGCGCGGACUCUACGAAUUUCCACUAUGCUUCUCAAGAAGGGGGUGAAGAGAGGACUCUCUCCCUUUGACCUCGGAAGCAUCCUUUCCAGGACGGGUUAUAAUACACUAUCUCUCAUUGAAAAGAUCAUGCAAGAAGUAGAAGUAGUUAGUGAGGCCUCAUUUCUGAAAACGGUGUCAUCCAUCAUGGAUCGACACCUUGCCAACAGAUUUGGUGACCUUUAG